GCCGUGUUUGACGUUGUGUCAGUCGUCUAGCGUAUUUGCACAGGGUUCCGUCUUUUAUCAAUAAUACAAAACACACACGCACACACUUCCUCUGGGUCGCGUUUCCGGAAGAAAAAGCGUUCUCGUCAGUAGCAUUAACGGGUGCAAUUACAAUGCACCGAACCGAUUGGCGACGGACGAGCUGAAAAUAAGUGCAUUGCAUUGCAGCGCAAUACGGGUCAACGCAACCGUGAUACGCAGCGGGCAAGUGCAUGCACCGUGGAGCGUACCACUCGAAAGUGCAAGGUGGUAACCGGGGGCUGGUGCAGGGGAGGAGCGCAGCAGAUAGUAAAGCAUAGCAACAGAUUUAACUAGAAAACAGGUGGCGGCAAUGGGUGCUACGAUGGUACGCGAAUGGCUUUGUUUCGUGUGUUUGGUGGUGGUGGUGGUUGUCAACAUUCCUUCGGCUAACUGUGGCCUUGACGAGGAACGGAAGACGGACGAUCGGCGCGGUCUGGCGCCGGAAGCGUCCGAACUGGCCGGCAUUGAAAAGUGUCCUCGAAUGAUGCAUUACGUGUUCGAAGGUUACGCACCGAUCGGUAAUAAAAAUGCCGGAAACUUUACGGAAAAUGCGAAAGCUAGCACGCUGGAAGAGUGCGUGCGGGACUGCUGUGUGAAGGGAACGAAUUGUCAUACCGCGUUCAUCUUUAACCAUACCUGCUACCAUGUGAAAUGCAUCAGUAACGAUUUGUGCCUUCCGGCGAAAAAAGAAACCACCUCCACGCUGCGCAUGGUGCUGGUAAACCCGAUCGACGAUGGGCUAGUGGAAGCGAGCUGGUGGGAGGUGCUAAAGAAAGCACAGGAAAAGCGGCUCGGUGGUGCACCGGUGGUACCACCGGUACGGAUAGCGGAAGACGAUGGGGAAGAAAGCUUGCUGGGCAAGCUGACGGAAAUGUAUAACCUUGCGAAUGGAGUGCCGCGAGCGAGGGGCGAAGAUAAGUACGGUCUCCCGUCGGUGGAGGAUAUAUACCGGGGACCGUACAAAUCGCUCGAUUACGGUGCACCCGGGGUGCCAGGCUUUGAGAAGUACGCCAACAACUACAUGCGCGACCAGUACGACGAGGAAGCGGAAGAGAGCAAGUACUAUGCCGAGACGAAAGCGCUGCGCGGCUCGAUGCGUCCGUGCGAUGUGACGCGGGAAGAUUCGUGCGGCCGGAACGAGGUGUGUGUGCGCGUGGUACCGAACGUCCGACAAGGCAUCUGCACCUGUCCGGAAGGUUUAGAACGAAGCGAAAAGGAUGUUUGCCUCACGAAGGAACAAAUAGCGGAACAACAGCAGCAGCAGCAGCAGCAGCUCGUCCCGCAGAUGUUGUCCGCACAGAAGCUAACGAUGGGAAUCGGUGACACCGACGUUGAUCCACCACACCCAAGCACUACGAAAGAGCUAACCGUUUCGGUCGCUUCGAAGGAUGUGCGGCUCCCGACCAACGAGGCCACACUGUCCGCGUACGUCAUACCGGACGAGAAAACGAGCGGCGACAAGUACAACUACCUGUGGACGCUCGUAUCGCAGCCGAAAGGGGACAGUAACAGCACGAUCGCGGAUCAGACGAAAUCGAUCGCGAAGCUGUCCGGAUUGGCGGAGGGCCUGUACCAGUUCAAGGUAACGGUCAGCGGCCAGAAUGGUUCGUACGGGGAAGCGUUCAUGAACAUUACCGUACUGCCGGAGCAGAAAAUUAACAAACCACCGCGUGCGGUUAUAACGCCAGCGAACCAACCGGUACGUUUGCCGAACCACGAAGCGAUCCUCGACGGCAGUGCGUCGAGUGAUGAUGCGAAAAUUGUCCGCUGGCAGUGGGUGCUGGCCCAAGGACCGCUCGGUUAUCAGCCCGAGCUGCCCGAGGUGAGCACACUGCAGCUGAAGGAUCUUACGAUCGCGGGCAACUAUACGUUCAACCUGACUGUGGUCGAUGAGCAGGGAUUGAGCAACAGCACGACGGCCAUUAUACAGGUGCUGAAGGAGAUCGAUUACCCGCCGGAAGCGAAUGCGGGGAAAAAUGUAAUUCUAUAUCUACCGAACAAUAACGUCACGCUGAACGGUUCACUGUCGAAGGAUGAUAAUGGGAUUGUGGCAUGGGAGUGGACCAAGAUCAGCACCAACCAGUCCAAGGCGGUCGAUAUGCAGAACACGCGCACCCCUUUUCUGCAGCUAUCGAACCUGGAGGAGGGUGUGUACGCGUUCGAGCUGAAGGUGACGGACGUGAAGAACCAAAGCUCCACCUCGAUGGUGCACGUGUUUGUGAAACCACCGACCAACCGUCCACCGGUGGCGAAGGCGGGCGCAAACGGUACCACGAUCUAUCUACCGCAAACCUGGGUGGCGCUUAAUGGAAGCGAAUCGAGCGAUGAUAUUAAAAUUAGCUCGUACUACUGGCAACAGAUAUCGGGCCCGAAUACGGCGCUGAUCGAGAAUGCGAAUGCUUCGAUAGCGAAUGCAACCGCAAUGACGAUAGGUGACUACGUGUUCGAGCUGAUCGUUUCGGACGACGCGAAUAACAAUGCAUCCGAUCGGGUACGCAUUACGGUGGUGCAGGAGAAGAACACGGCGCCGAUUGCGAAUGCCGGUGGCGAUCAGACGGUAACACUGCCCACCAACAUACUUGUGCUGAACGGUAGUCGGUCGAGCGAUGAUCUGGGCAUUGUGCGGUACAGCUGGACCCGGGAACCGAGCAGCUUGGCGAUGGGGACUAUCAUCGGCGGCACUGAUAGCAAGCCGGUUCUAAUGCUAACGAACAUUGUCACCGGCCGGUACGUGUUUAAAUUGACUGUAUACGAUGGGCAAGGCUUGUCCGCAUCCGACACCGUAAGCAUCAUAGUGCAUCCGGAUCCGUUGCUGAUGAGCUUGGUCGAGGUAACGAUCACAACCGAAGCAACCGUACUGACGGCAACCGAGCUAGAUUCGAUCGAACAAAAGCUAACCCUGCUGAUCGGUGACAAUAUGGCGAAGCUACACGUUCGCGAGCUAAAGGUGGAACCGCGCACCGGCCAGGUGGUGAUUGUGUUUUACGUGGAGAAAAAAUACGGUCUUGAGGAUAAAGACAAACAGGAGGUUAUGCCAGCGCUCGAAGUGGAGCGUAUACUGAAGGAAAAGUUUUGGCGUGACUAUACCAUCCUAGGCACGUCGGUGGUCGGCAUACGGACGACCGUCUGUCAGAACGAUUGUUCCGGGCACGGUGUUUGCAAUGCGGAAACGCGCGAAUGCAUCUGCCAAAGCUUCUGGAUGCCGGACAUUUUUUACUUUUGGGGUAUUGCGGAAGCAAAUUGUGAUUGGUCCAUACUGUACGUGAUUGUUGGUGUGCUGAUAGUGUUUUUUGUACUGUCCGGUAUCUGCUGGGGUAUUACCUGCCUUUGCCGAAGGACAGCCAAACCACGCACGAGACCAAAGCCGCAAAAGUAUUCACUGCUGCAAACGCACGACGAGGAACUGCCUUCAUUCAAUCGCGCCGGGACAACCAUUUCCGACAGCGAAACCGAUUCGGACGUGCUGUUCGAGAGCCGCUCGCGACAAAACGGGCUUCUGCCGGGACGAUCCGGUAACGGGGGCCUGCCGAACGGUGAGCUACGUAACGGUGCUGGCGGCCAUCCAAAGUACGGUGUUACGCGGCUAGGACGUCGCAUAAAGGCUUAAAAUGGGCGAGCCUUAACAAAAAGAACCACCACCAGUAGUGUGAAGAAAGGAGAGUUGAUAACUAUUCCGGAAGUCUCUUGGACUGCCAUAUUUGUCACUUCCUUUACCCUGCUUUAGUUAACCGCAGUCGGGCAGUUCAGUCCAGCGUAGUACGGUGGGAGAGUCCUGGAUGGGAUUUGGUGUCGGUCCUGUCGCCGUGAUCGGAGCCGCUCCAAAUGAAAACAGCUAGUCGGAAGAAAUUUCUUUACCAAUACGUUCCUAAUGCGCUUGUAGUGAUUUUAGUGGUGUAUGUGUAUAGCGACCAUUUUCUUUGUGGAGCACCUUUCCACCAAAAGCUUACUUUCUUUCCAUUCCUAUUUUAAUCCGUUUUAUUUUGGUGUUAAAAUAUUUGUUCCUUAUAGUUUUUAUUUACAUCUAAUGCGUUCUUAUGCUUGUAUUCACAUUCCUUUAUCAAACAUCUUAUAAUGAUACGUGCUUUCAGAGUGUGUAGGUAACUGUAACAACCAAUGUGAUUCAAAAGCCAUCGAAGAAAUCAAGGACACAACAACCUUACCAGUAAGAUGAACCAAGUAAGGGAUCAGGCGAGCCGCCCACUAAUGGAUAAUCUUUGUUCCUUCUGUGAAUGUUUGUGCAUUUAUCUUGUGGUGAGUCGUUUUUAAGCUAAUCCUACCACCGCGUUGCGCUACACGGGUCCCGUGCACCCGGAUCGAAAGGGGUUUUGCUUAUGAGUGUUGUCAGGUUUUUUUUUCGUUUUCGCUCUAUUUUAAAUGUGUAUCCCAUCAUAACAUAUUCCCCGUACCUUUAGUAAGUGAACGGAACGCAAAACCAAAAUACACGCACAUACGGCAAAGAAGAAAGUAUUAAUGUGUACGAGUGAAGCCCGAACCGCGAACCUGUAAGCGGGCUGUGAGCAAAGGUGUCGCAGACGGUGUUAGCAGAAGGCGUGCGAGAUUUGAGGAUCAGUGACAGUGCAGUGUAAAGCCACCACGGAUGAAUUGAAGUGUAACAGAGAGGAUGAAAAAAAUAUAAUCAGUACACAAAGGUA